AUGAAUCAAGAUUUGCUUCUUUGCAAUAAUGUGGAUGAGGAUGAGAGAUGGGCAUGUGUCAGAGCGGUGAAACUAAACGAAUCCCCUUUUGAAAACACAUUUAUCCCAUUGACUUACGUCUAUUUAUUCUUGAAAAUCGUGGCCACACCAAUUCUCUUUUAUGGCUUUUAUUUGGCUGCAUUUUGCUCAUCGCAUCUAACGUCCAACAUUCUCAAAUAUCAUGUGCUCAAUUUUCAGAUAAUCAGCGCUUUUUGGGAUAUUUUAUGCUUUUUCAUCACUGAACCACACGGAUUUUUCCCGCUAAUCGCUGGUGAUUUUCGUGGAAUCGCCUACAAAUGGUUUCACAUUCAUCCAUUCAUUUGUGUGAUUGCACUUGUCGUCAGCGCCUCACUCCUCCCCGCCGCAAUCUUUCAAACGCUUUUUCAGAAGAUUCAAAUCCUUCUCUCGCCUGGUCAUCCAUUCAAAUUAAAAAGGAAAACGUUUGUCUUGAUUUUAGUCUUUAUGUAUCAUUUAUGUUUAUGCAUUCAUCUCCCAUUCGCUUAUUUUCUCUUUAUCAAUACGCAACAAGCAAAGGGGAAACUUGUGAUGCAAUAUCCAUUCAUCAGCGAUUUCUUGAAUCAACCACAAAUGUUAGCAAUGACAUAUCGAGAUGAUUGGAUAGCAAAUGCUUGGGUGACAACGAUCUUCUGGUUGGGAAUGAUUUAUAUGAUUGGAGCAAUCACUAUCGCUUUAGCCUCUUGGCUUUAUGUGAACAAUCGAAAUGGAAGUCAACGAACGAAAAAACUUGAAAAGAAACUCCUUAUGAUUCUCUAUUUUCAAACUUUCUCUCCAUUUUUCAUCAUUUUACCUGCAUUCUCAACGAUUUACGUGAUCGUCUACUUUCGGAUAUGGUUUUGUCAAGAUCUGAUUGAUUUUGUGAUCGCAUUGGUGAGUACUUAUGGGACAUGGUCAACGAUAACGAUGAUCCUUGUGAGUGAUUCAUAUCGAAAGAUGACUUUCGAUUUUCUUUCAACCGGUCGCCCACCCCGUCCUCAAUACAAUUUUCGGGUUCACCAUCUACACGGGCAUUCAACUGUUGCAGCAAUUGGGUCCGAAAGAUUUCGUCACUUUUCGAUAUCUGUUUCAAAAGUUGUU